AUGACUGUUGUCAUAAUCGGUGGAGGUAUUAUCGGCGUUUCUACUGCUUAUUUUCUAUCCAAACGUAAAAUCAGUACAUUGAUUAUUGAGAAAGAAGAGAUUGCAUCAGCAGCAUCUGGUCGAGCUGGAGGCUUUCUUGCAAAAGAUUGGUGUUCACAUUAUGAAAUGGAUGUUCUGGCUCAAAAUGGUUUUGAUUUACAUAUGAAAUUAGCAGAAGAAUUUGGUGAUGUAUGUGAUUAUCGACGUGUCAACACUUACUCAAUAUCUGUGUCUCCUGGAGAGUCUUCUGGUGUUUCAGGAGCUCCAUCAUGGAUUAGUGCAAAAGUUAAAAGCUGUUCAUUGAUAGGAAAUACUACAAAUACUGCACAGGUGAAUCCAGGAAAACUCACCAGAGAAUUAUUUCGUCGUACUCAAUAUCUGACCAAUGAUGGUACACAAGUGAAAAUAGCACGUGUUAUUGGAUUAGAAUUUUCAAAAUCACAAACAUCUACUCCAUGUGUUGCCGCUGUUCGAGUCAUCGGAUCAUCGUCAUCAUCAUCAGAUUCUCAUACUGAGCUUAUACCAGCUAGUUUAGUUAUCCUUACAACUGGACCUUGGUCAAAUGAAGCUGUUAAAUGGUUACCAUCAGGUUGUUUAAAACCGAAUACAUUUCAAGGAAGACGAGCACAUAGUAUUAUAUUAAAACCGAUAAUAGAAAAUUGUCCAAUCGAUGCUAAAUGCUUAUUUAUGGAAUAUCAAGGUUCAGAGUAUAAAUGUUCACCUGAAGUUUAUCCAAGACCUGAUAAUACAGUUUAUGUUUGUGGUCUUGGUGAUGGGGAGCCUGUACCAUCUUCAAAAGAUAAAGUCGAAGUAGAAUCAUGGCGUUGUCAUCGAUUGCAAGAAAUCGUCACCAGUGUUAUCCCUUCAUUAAAAGAUGCCGAGUUGAUAACUGAAUCUGCUUGUUAUCUGCCUAUUUCAUCUGACGGUGUACCUGUUAUCGGUAAAGUACCCGGUGUAUCAGGUGUAUACAUUGCAACAGGUAAUUCAUGUUGGGGUAUACUAACCGGACCAAUUACUGGACGUCUAUUAGCCAGUAUUAUUUUAAAAGAUAAUCCAUAUUUAACACAGAAUAAUAGUUCAGAGGUUAGUGAACAAAUGAAGCUAGAUGAAGAAGAGGCUGGUUGUCGUCUACUUCAACAGCCUGGUAUUGAAGAAUUUAAUCCGGAUAGAUUGAGAAUGAGGUAAACUAAAUGUGCACCUUUGUAUCCCUAACUAACACUGACUAAUAUCUAAUUUUUUUUCAUUCGAUUUGUUUCCUUGUGAAGAAAUAUUCUGCUUUUUUGUGGAUAACUUUUAUAUAUAUAAUGCCUUCCCCCCCCCCACCACCCGCCGUCCUACUAUCUCUUCGAUGAGUACUUCUCACAGAUUAUUAUUGGAGCUGUUUUUAUAUUAUUUUUUUUUUACAUAAAACUUCAGUUAAUUUCAUCAUCAGUCCACUUUUCAGUAUCAUUUACGCAGAUACAUAUAUAUAGGUAUCAUUUGUUUUGUUCAUAUAUCCUCCUUUUGUGUGUGUGUGUGUGUGUGUAUGUGGGUGUACGUGUGUGAUAACCCCAUCCGUUCAUUUUUAUUUGAUCCAUACAUUUUUGCUUUAAUUUAACACUGUAACUUGCAUGGAUAAGAAUAGAACAGAACAAUAUAUAGUCGUAG